AGGCGGAGCGGCCAAUCAGCGCGGCGGGGACGGGGGGCGGGCUCGCGGCGACGGUUGGUUGCCGGAGCAACCGGGCGGCGGCGGCCAUGAGCGCCAUCAAGGUGUAUUACAGCAGCGUGACGGGCUCCAGGCAGGUGCGGCAGCGGCAGGCCGAGGUCAGGCGGAUCUUGGACGUGAACCGGCUGCAGUACGAGCUGAUCGACGUGUCCGUCAGCGAGGGGCGGCUGCGGGAGAUGCGCGAGAAGGCGGGCGACCCCCAGGCCAUGCCGCCGCAGAUAUUCAACGGCGACGAGUACUGCGGAGAUUUUGAGAUGCUUUACCAAGCAACUGAAAAUGAAGAAGUCUCCAAGUUCCUGAAGAUGACCUCAAUAGACAAGCCUGUACGAGAAGAAAUUACUGUCUAAAGGACUGAUUUUCGCAUUUGGUAGUUCAUGAAUGGGACAUACUAAAUGUGUGUAUUUUGUUAGCUACUCAGAAUAAACAUCCAGGAGUUCAUGAUAAUACAAUGCUUCUAUUUUCUGCAGUAAAACAGCAAUCUCUGCUUCAUCAUCUUA